GGGCCAAUGAAAUGGACGGUCCCGUCCCCAUCCCCAGCUCUGAUUUGGCGAACAGUUCCGGAACAGGCGUUAGCCCCGGCGAGGCAGUGGCGAGAUGGCGUCCCUGGAUCGGGUGAAGGUACUGGUGUUGGGAGACUCAGGUGUUGGGAAGUCUUCGCUAGUUCAUCUUCUGUGCCAAAAUCAAGUGCUUGGAAAUCCAUCAUGGACCGUGGGCUGCUCAGUAGAUGUCAGAGUUCAUGACUACAAAGAAGGAACACCAGAAGAAAAGACCUACUAUAUAGAAUUAUGGGAUGUUGGAGGCUCUGUGGGCAGUGCCAGCAGUGUGAAAAGCACAAGAGCAGUAUUCUACAAUUCUGUAAAUGGUAUUAUUUUAGUACAUGACUUAACAAAUAAGAAGUCAUCCCAAAAUUUGUAUCGUUGGUCAUUGGAAGCUCUCAACAGGGAUUUGGUACCAACUGGAGUCUUAGUAACAAAUGGGGAUUAUGACCAGGAACAGUUUGCUGAUAACCAAAUCCCACUGUUGGUAAUAGGGACUAAACUGGACCAAAUUCAUGAAACCAAGCGCCAUGAAGUUUUAACUAGGACUGCUUUCCUGGCAGAGGAUUUCAAUGCAGAAGAGAUUAAUUUGGAUUGCACAAAUUCACGCUACUUAGCUGCAGGUUCUUCCAAUGCUGUCAAGCUCAGUAGGUUUUUUGAUAAGGUCAUAGAGAAGAGAUACUUUUUAAGAGAAGGCAAUCAGAUUCCAGGCUUUCCUGAUCGAAAAAGAUUUGGAGGAGGAACAUUAAAGAGCCUUCAUUAUGACUGAAUUAUACUCAUCCUUUGGAAGAGUGAGCAAGCGGUGGCAGUUUUCACAGCUUUCCUCUUGCUGUGGGAUUAUUAAUGUCUCAGUCUUAUCAAAAUCAUCUUAAAAUGACGCCCUUCAGCCUCCUCCUUUAAUGGAAAACUGAGAGGGGUGACAGCGCCCCCCAUCCCCUUGUUCCUCACCUUUCUGCUCCUGCGUAUAGGUUAUGUAAAAGCCUUGUGGAAACAUGAGAUAUUGUCAAGUUGGUGCAGUAAAUGAUUAGUGACAGAGAACUGCAGAGAAAACUUACUCUUGCCUGGAACUGGUGGAUUUUUAUGGCUUUGUGAUUUUCCCACACUCAUUGGUGAAGAUUUAACUAAGUACUUACAAAGCACAUCUCUAUUAUGUUACCUUCUUGAGGGGAAAGGUUAUGUUAAGCAGCCCUGAGUUGUCCACCCCAAACAAUCUCUGUCACUUUCAAAGAAGAAAAAUUGUGUUAUUUAAUCUCCUCCACCCUCAUCACACACAAGAAUGACUAAUAAUAGCAACCCUUGUCUUCUUCCCGCUUCUUUACAAAUGUCUUAGUGGCUAGAAGAGGCGGACUAGUAGCUGGAGUUAAAUAUAAAUAGAUUAAUAAUACAUAGAGAAAAGCAGCACCAGAAAAGAAGAAUUCUGCGAGAAAUUGACAGCUCACUAAAUCCUUCACUCUUUACAGGUUACAACUGUCUCACUCUUUUACUCUUUUCUGUUUGGAAACAGGUAGGGUGAGAUCUACUGUACAAGGGUAGUAGAGAGACAGUCUCUUCAGUUAUUUUUUUGAAAGGUAAAGUCAAUUCCUAAAAUGUCCCCUUACUGUAGUCAGUAAACUAAGAAUAUUAUUCUUUGUUUCUACAGUCUAUUUAUGGAGAGAGGUUAAAAUAAGCACCACAGCAUCACAUUUACAUGAAUUAUGGUCUAGGAUUCUUGCACUUCAUAGUCCAAAAUUGAGGGUAGGGACAGGGUGUGUGUGUGUAUGUGUGUAUGCAUAAUUGUUCCUUGGUACUUUUUUUAUCCAUCUUUCUUACUUGUUUAAUUUUCUCUGCCCCAGUUCUUAUUUUAAUAUAUAAACCUAGUUUCCAAAAACUAUAAUUGGCAGCCUUAUUCAACACUUUUUCACCCAUCUUUUUUCUCUUGGUUCUACUGCAGGUCUUUGCACUCUUUUUAAUUUUAAAACCAAGGGGAAAACAAAAAGUUUGCUUACUAUUCCAUUUUAAUUAAAUUCAGAAGUACUUUGGAAAUCAGGGUAUUCUAAACUAAGAAUGUUAGAGUGUGCUUUUAGAAAAGCAGUGUUGGGAAUAUGGGAAAGGAUGUUUAAAGCAUUUUUUUCUAGUGCCAGAAUAGUCUCCAAUGUUUGUUUGCAUCCUCCCCUAUAAGACAUAGCCCUGAUUUCUUUUUUGACAUAAGGUAUUAGGAUCUGUAUGUAGAACUUGGCACAAGUGUGCGAUGACAAGGCUGUGAAAUUAGGAAGUACAAACCAAGUGCAUAUACAAAAUGAACAACGAUGUUAAGAAAAUUUUUUAAUUUUUUAAAUGCAUAUCCAAAGACUGAUGCCAACAAAAGGUAUUUAUGUUCCUCUUUUUAAAAAUAAAUUAAUUGACUCUUUCCUUUGCUCCUCGUUCUUUUUAACUAAAAAAAAGACCAACCCCAAUAUCUUAAUUUUCUUUCUUAUUAAAAAAUAAAAGUAACCCAUCAUUGAUGACUUCAGGACUGACCUUGAAAACUUAACAGUACUCCUCAAAUUUAUUUCCUCUUGUUCUCAGACUUUACUCCCUGAAUUACAGUGUUCUACAAAAAGUAAUUUUAACCUAGAGUAAAGGUGCUAUAAAUAUUAGCAGCAAAAUAAGACUGUUUGCCAAAAUAUUAUUCACCAGAAUUCUUUAAUAAGUGUUCUAAAGCAUCGUUUUUUCCUAAGAAAAUAUCUCAGGGCCACCUUCAUAAAACGUUCAUGAGAACCACACUUUUCUUGGUGGCCUCUCCAGGAUUUCCUGUCUAACUCCAUUCCACAGUAAUUACUCCAGGGCCCAGCAUAAAUGCACCUUCACUACAACGAGCCCCACUUCCUGGAUACAGUCUUUUCUUCUCCCAGUGAUGGUCGUUCUCCCAACUAGAAUAGGUAGAAGUGUCCCCACCCAAGAGGCACAUGGACACAGCUUUAAGGCAACCAUUUUGUAGAUCAUUAAUCUCCACAGGUAUGUAUCUAUUAAAAUCAUCUGCUUAUGAGCAGCCCAAUGCUAGUUUUUAUUUCUACCCUCUACUUUCACAACUGCCUUUUAUCUACUACUGAAAGUGAGUAUCUUCACACUAGUACACAGUAUGAUGUCAUAUCACCACAGUAUGUAAAUAUUUUCAGAAUACCAACAAAAGGGAAAUUCAAGGUAUUAGUUGUACUAAAAGACUUUGUUCCUUUUCCCACAUUAUUUAAAAAUCAACAAAACAUCGUGCUCCUAAGGAAGAAUUCUAAGAACAAAACCAAGAACAUCUGUGAAAAUAUAUCUAAAGCUGGCAUAUUCUUCCAUGGCAAGGCUUCCUACUGGUCUAGCAAAACACUGAACUUACAUUUUUAUCAAAAAUAAUUAUAUAAGCAGAGGUGAAUAAAAUUAACAUUUUUUAGUUUUCCAACUCUUUAUGAAUUAAUGAGUUAGACAAAGCACCUCUAGGUGAAAGGUAAUAAAGUUGAUUCCAAAAGCUGGUUCACAAAGCCUUUUCCAGUUAUUUGCUGGCAACAAAAUUUAAGAACUUAAUUGAAUUGUUAAAUGAUAGGUAAGAAAGAAUUUAAUAAUAAAUUACUAUAUGAUUUUUGGUACUUUAAUCAGGAGUGAAUGGUCCUACUCACAUGAACAGAUUUUCUCAAUACUUGGGCCUGUACAUCCCAACAACAGCACUAAAUGAUGCUAAAUCUUAACAACAAUGAAAUUAUUAAAUGAUGCUGAAUUGUUUCCAUCUAGAAAAUAAGGAUUCAUGAAUUAUGAAUUAAUGGGGGAGCACCUACUGAAAUAAAAAGUGUAAUUCCAGUAAUAACUUUACCUCUUAUAUGUAACAGUCAUUUAUGAAAAUGUGUUUCUGGGCCACUGUCCUAAAGAAUAUUCCAGUUUCCUUCUGGAAGGCAAAGCAUUUGUCAAUGGCAUUCUGGAACUCACUAAGUGAGGCUGCAGGUUUCAUCACCAUAUAUUAUACUUGGUUUUGGUCCUACUCCCCCCUCCUGGUUGAGAGUCUCGAACUUCUUUGACUUUUCUUCCAGAGCUUCUGCAGUGAGUAAACCUAUCUGGUGCUAGAAUGUGGGUAUGGCAGAUACCUGCUAUCUCCAAUUCCUGGUCCCUUUCAAAUUCACUUCAAAUGAAUGUUCCGCUUACAUGGAAACUGAAUCCAUCUUCCUCUGCCUGUUUGUCAGCAUCUGUUGCUGCUGUGACACUGACUGCCCCAGGACAGUUGCUUUGCCCCUACACACAGCCUUUUUUGUGUGCUUGUGAGCACAAGCUUUUUGAAUGUUAAUCACCAGGUCCAGAAGGCCCCUUAUUCAAACUCUCUAAAUGUUCCCCCUUGCUCACUAGUUUCCUCUACAAUUUUAGGCCUGUUGCCCUAAACACUACAUUGCCCUUCCAUUUCUCUGCCUUUAAAUACACUCUACCCCCUGUUCCAUGCCCAUCAAUACUGGAAAGCUUUCCCUGGCCUUCCCAGUUAGGGCUAAGUGCCCACCAGCCCUCCUGUAGCUCCCUCGACUUCCCUGUUAAUAGCAUCUGUGGCGUACUUGUAAUGGCAUCUCUGUAUUCUCAGGGCUGGCACAUAGCAGGUCCUUAAUUAUUGUAAAAUGAAUUAAUGAGUCUGGGCUUAUAUUAAUUAAAAAGCUAACAGAGAGUCAACUAUGCCUGUAUUUUAUUUGUUCUUAGGUUUCAACAGUUUAUUAUCCCCCCAAACUAUAUUAAGAUUUAAUUGAUAUAUGACUUUGUAUAAACUUAGGGUGCACAAUGUCAAAAAGUCAUAAUAUAUUAGUAAUAAGAAGGAAAAUGGUUAGGAUAAUUUUUAAGGCAGUCUUUUAUAUUUUAUAUGGAAGAAUUUCUGCCCUGCUAAAGCAAAUGCUUGUUUUAUUGAAUUGAAACCAAAAAACCGGAAAACCAACAUACACAGUCUAUUAAGAGAAAUCCCUAAAGUUUAAAGUUUUCACGCCCCUCAAAGUAAUUUUCAUCCAGUCAAGGAUUUGUUAUCACUUUUUGCUUUUUCGUAAAUCUCUCACACCCUUGAAAAGAACAAACACCUCUUAAAUCUGCCGUCAAAAUGGAUUCUAUGGAAAAAUAAGUAAUGUGUCUGUCUUUUCUUGGAUCCCUUUCAUUUUUUUGUCCUAAUCACCCAAGACUUAAUUUCCAGGAUCAAUAGAGAUUUAAGGGUCCUCACUGGUAGUACAACAGGGUUAAAGCGCAGCACUGCAAGCUAGAAGCAGCUGCUUCAGUGUGAGUUUGAUUCCGCACCCCAGA